UAAAUAGAUGCUCUGAAACUCCUCAGAGCCUUAGCAGGACCAGAGUAGCAGCUUGGAAGAACUGCACCUGAUAAGCCAUCUCCUAUGGAAAAUUCUUGGAAGAUGUUUGAAGAAUUCCACAUAGAUGAAGAGAUGGGCUUUGCUCUGCCAAAUCCACUGGUGGAGCUACCUCACCCUUACGAUGCCUGGAUUUCCAUCGCUAGAAAUCUGCCUCAACUGAUUGAGGACGGCCAGCUCCGUGCGGAAGUUGAGAAGUUAGCAACACUCAGCACUGAUGGGCUGGAAGGACACAAGGAGCAGCGCCUCGGACAUCUGGCCCUGGGGUACCUCACCAUGGCCUAUGUGUGGGGGCGAGGAGAUGGAGACAUCCGCAAGGUCCUGCCAAGCAACAUCGCCAUCCCUUACUGCCAACUUUCUGAGAAGCUGGGCCUGCCUCCUAUUCUGGUUUACGCAGACUGUGUGUUGGCCAACUGGAAGAAAAAGGAUCCCAGCGGGCCCAUGACUUAUGAGAACAUGGACAUUCUGUUCUCGUUCCCGGGUGGGGACUGUGGCAAAGGAUUCUUCCUGAUUUCUCUCCUGGUGGAAAUGGCAGCUGCUUCUGCAAUCAAAGUGAUUCCCAUUAUUUUCAAGGCAGUACAAUGUGAAGACUCGGAAACUUUGCAAGAUGCACUGCGUGAGAUAGCUUCUUGCCUGAAGAGAGCCCUUGAAAGGUUUCACCAAAUUCACGAUUAUGUCGACCCAAACAUAUUUUUCAAUGUUCUUCGCAUAUAUUUGUCUGGUUGGAAAGGCAACCCCUCACUGCCGGAGGGCCUGCUGUAUGAAGGUGUCUGGGACACCCCAAAGCAGUUCGCUGGGGGCAGUGCAGCCCAAAGCAGCGUCUUCCAGUGCUUUGACGUCCUGCUGGGCGUCCAGCACGCUGCUGGUGGAGCUUCUUCAGUCUCUGCUGCUGAAUUCCUCCAGGAAAUGAGAACCUACAUGCCACCAGCUCACCGGAACUUUCUUCGCUCGUUAGAGUCAGGACCCUCAGUCCGUGAGUUUGUCCUUUCAAAAGGUGAUGCCAGCCUGCGGGAAACUUACAACAAGUGUGUACAAGCUAUGGUUUCCCUGAGGAAAUACCACUUUCAAAUAGUAACUAAGUACAUUUUGAUUCCUGCGAGGCGGAAAUCCAAGGAAAAAGGAACAUCGAAAGGGUCUUCAAAAUCAGAAGAUAAAGGAACUGGAGGCACCAGUCUCGUAGAUUUUCUAAAGACUGUAAGAAGAACUACUGAAAAGACCCUGCUGAAGGAAGGUUAAUGUAACACAAGGAAGUGUAUAUUUUGCUAAGACAAAGCUAUCCUGUGUGGUAAUGUCAUUGUCCAUUCUAUCAGACCUACAAUAACAAAUUCUGUUUUUUUUAAAUUGAGGUAUAGUCAGUUUACAAUGUUGUGUCAAUUUCUUUAGCAAAAUGCUUCAGCCGUACAUGAAUAUAAUAAAUUCAUUUUCAUAUUUUUUUCAGUGUAAGCUACUACAAGAUACUGAAUAUAUUUCCCUGUGCUAUACAGUAUAAAUUUAUCUACUUCAUAUAUAUCAGUCAGUAUCUGCAAACAGAUUCUUAAUACUGCAUGAUAAAUAGUUUUGAGAUUUUUUUCUGAUAUCUGUGGGUGUCUUGUGUAAAAAAAAUAGAAAGCAAUUAGAAGUAUUUUGAUCUUUCUUCUACAUUUAGAGUGUAAUGAUGAAAUUCAAUAAAAUGUGAUAUGAUGUAAUAAAAA